AUGGUCCCCCGUCGCCGGUUCAGCCGCCGCGUAAUUGCCGUAGCAGCCGCCAUCGCCCUCUUCCUCCUGUACACCUGCUCCUCCAGUGGCGAUCGCCAAUGGCGCCCUCACUUCACAACCACAGACAUCACCCCAGACCUCGAUGAGAAUGGCGAACCCGCUCCAUUCUGUCCGCCAUUACCAGGCAUUGAGGAUGUACUAGUGGUAAUGAAGACCGGAGUAACAGAAUCGCAAGAGAAGGUCCCCAUCCACUUCGGAACCACCCUACGCUGCAUCCCCCACUAUGUGAUAUACUCCGACUUCGAAGAAGAAAUCCAAGGCGUCAAAAUCCACGAUGUCCUCCGAAACAUGGACAGCGCCGCCAAAGCAAACCCAGACUUCGAAUUCUAUAAUCGCAUCGUGAAACAAGGCCGCAGGGGUUUAGAGCAGCAGGACUUCGCAGACGAAGCCAACUCGGCAAUCGGGAAACCCAACAACCCAGGCUGGAAACUGGACAAAUGGAAAUUCCUCCCAAUGGCCCAGGAAUCAUUGCGCCACAAGCCAGACGCUAAAUGGUUCGUCUUCAUCGAAGCAGACACCUACGUCUCAUGGCCAACAAUCCUCGCCUGGCUAGCCCGCUUCGAUCCCCGCAAGCCACACUACCUCGGCACAGAAACACAAAUCGCAGACGUCAUCUUCGCACACGGUGGCUCGGGCUUCGUCCUUUCGAACCCGGCUCUACAGCGCGCCUCGGAUGAGUAUAGUACCCGCGAGGUCGAGCUAAACAGCUAUACAGACCAGCACUGGGCAGGCGAUUGCGUGCUGGGUAAGGUUCUCGCCGACGCAGGCGUCAACCUGCACUUUACCUGGCCGAUCCUGCAAAACUCCAACCUAGGCGAAUUGGACGAAUUCACAAUCGACUUCGUCCGUCGUCCGUGGUGUUUCAUCGCCGUCGCCUUCCACCACCUCUCCCCAAUUGACAUUGAGAAUCUCUGGAAAUUCGAACAAAAGCGCUGGCGCGAUAAAAACAAGCGCCUCCUCCUGCACAGCGACCUAUUCCGCGAAUACAUCUACCAAGAAAUCGCCACGCAACCCGUGCGCCUGAACUGGGAUAACGCCGCAAACGAAGACCAACCCUUCGCGAAAACCUUCGAAGACUGCCGGGAAGUCUGCGAGGUGUCGAAAACAUGCAUGCAAUUCUCGUUCCGCGAUCAGAAGUGUUUCACGGCGUCGAGGCCGCGGCUGGGUAAUUCUGUGGCUGUGUCUGCGGAUGCGACUUCGGGUUGGAUUGUUCCUCGGAUAAGGGAUCUUAUGGAGAAGACUGGGUAUUGUCGGAAACCCGAGUUUGGGGAUUAA